AUGUCAAAACAUUGGAAACACACACACACUAUAUCAAAAGCAUACUCACACGGCAACUCACACAAUCAAAGUCGCUCUACGCUGUUACACCGGCAUCUAAAGCGUGGCGUAGAGGGUUUCAAUUAUUUUCACACCGGAAGCCACUUUUCUACAGCAAUCGCCCAUCCAGUUAAUAUAGAGAUCAGUGUUCUAAACGCAUACACUAAUACAUACAUCGCACGCUUUACAUUAUUGCUUCAGAAAUAUACACAAAGAGAGGGGAAAAAAUUAGGUUUAAUUGGAUGGUGCAUGAAUACCGAUAGAGGAACAGUCAUUGGACAAUUGCAAGGAGAGAAAACCAAAGUUCACGAAAUGAAACUUUGGCUUCAACAUAAAGGAAGUCCGAGUUCUUCAAUCGAAAAAGCCGAAUUUCGCAACGAAAAAGAAAUCGCCGAAUAUACAAUGACAGGUUUUUCGAUUAAGAAGUAAUUUUUUUGUAUCUUCUAUUACCGAAGGGGACUUUUUAUUUUGUAUACCUAAUUUUCGCGAAAUAAUAAUAUUUAUUUUAAAGUAUUGUCCUCAUUUUAGAUUUUUUUAAAUCAUAGUUAUAAGUUUAGAUAUAAUUUCCUUAUUUAAUUUAUUAAUUUAUUUUAUAUAAUUUAUAAUUAAUAGUUAUUUAUUAACUCUCAUUAAUUUUAUUAUAAACCUCUGCUGUUUUAAAUUGCCUUUGAUGUCAAAAAUUAAUCAAUUAUUAUUUAUCAAUUAAUUUAUUUAUAUUUUUUUAAACAUUUUUCGUAACUAAAGAAUAUAAAGUGUAUAAAAAUAAAGAAUAAUUUAUUAAAUAUGUGACGCUCCGCGGUGAAGGAAGGAAUACCUUGCGCGGGAAAAUUUGUAGGUUAUGAUUGUUAAUUUAAAAAAGAAAAUGCAUAACGAAAAUUAAUUCUCAGUGCAAACUAAUAAUAUUUAAAUAUCUAUUACAUUAAAAAUAUUCCAUAAGAAUUACUUUUUUCACAAAUUAUCAAAAAUUCUUAUCAAUUCAUGUAAAAGAAUUAUAAACAUAACCUAGAAUUUUUUUAACUCGUGUAAGAUACCUUUCACCAUGGAGCGUCACUUAUAAAAAUCUACUGUUAAAAACUGAUUAAUGUGUGUAUUUUUUAAAACUGUUAUUUAUUUAUAAUUUCUAAUUAGUAAUUCUUUUAUUAUUUAAAUUAAAUUUUAUUUCUUUUUAAUUUUUUUAAAAUUUAUUAUAUUUAUAUGUUAAGUUUCUACAAAUAUAGAUAUUUUUAAAAAAAUGAAGUCAUUUAAAAAUUGUAUACUCGGCGAUGUAAACAAGAACAACAUAUUAAUUUUAAGAUAUAAAAAUAAAUAUUUAAUAUAUGACUUUAUUAUUCAAUGAAAUAAAUAUUAUAAUUUACUGCGGUUUGUAAAAUUGUAACUCUUCGAAAAUUAAUAAUUCUUGUAUUAACACUGCGCAAAAUUUAAA